GGCGAAUAGGCGAUCAAUCAUUUAAGUUUUUUUUAUUUUUUUUUAUUUUAAGGAUAUUCAGAAUCGGGGAUCUGUGUCAGUGUACGGACUCUCAGAGUGGCGAUUUUUGACUCGGUUCGAGAACAUAAUGGGUGUAUAUCUCAGCUCCCCUAAAACUGAGAAGGCAUCAGAAGAUGGUGAAAAUGAGAGGCUCCGAUAUGGUUUAUCUUCAAUGCAGGGGUGGCGUGCAACCAUGGAAGAUGCCCAUCAAGCUUAUCUAGAUUUUGACAGUUCCACUGCCACGUCGUUCUUUGGUGUUUAUGAUGGUCAUGGAGGCAAGGCUGUGGCUAAGUUUUGUGCCAAGCAUCUUCACCAGCAGGUACUCAGGCAUGAAGCGUAUAUCGCUGGAGAUAUAGGCACUUCUUUGCAGAAUGCUUUCAUGAGAAUGGACGAGAUGAUGUGUGGGCAGAGAGGGUGGAGAGAAUUAGCUGUACUGGGAGAUAAAAUUGAUAAAUUUUCUGGUAUGAUAGAAGGUUUAAUAUGGUCACCUAGGAGUGGAGAAGUUAAUGAGCUUAUGGAUGAUUGGCCAUCUGAGGAGGGACCGCAUUCUGAUUUCCAUGGGCCGACUUCUGGAUGCACAGCUUGUGUUGCAAUUAUUCAAAACAACCAACUUGUUGUUGCCAAUGCUGGUGAUUCUCGUUGUGUACUGUCCAGGAAGGGGCAGGCAUAUAAUUUGUCAAAAGAUCACAAGCCUGACCUUGAGGUUGAGAAGGAUAGGAUUCUGAAAGCUGGCGGUUUUAUCCAAGUUGGACGUGUUAAUGGAAGCUUAAACUUGUCAAGGGCAAUUGGGGAUGUGGAAUUUAAGCAGAACAAAACAUUGCCUGCUGAAAAGCAGAUUGUCUCUGCCGAACCAGACAUUAAUACUGUUGAGCUUUGUGAUGAUGAUGAGUUUGUUGUGCUUGCUUGUGAUGGGAUUUGGGAUUGCAUGUCGAGCCAACAACUAGUGGAUUAUGUCCGAGAGCUUUUAAUCACUGAGAAUAAACUUUCGGCAAUAUGUGAGCGAGUUUUUGAUAGAUGUUUGGCACCAUCAGCUGGAGGUGAGGGAUGUGACAACAUGACCAUGAUCUUGGUGCAGUUCAAAAAACCUACCACUUCAUGUGCUUCUGUCCAGGUGCAGUCUCAGCAUCUACAUCGACCAUGUGAGACCAACAAAAUUCAAAUGGAGACUAUGAAAAGUUCAUCGGAGACUGAUAAAAGUUCCGCGGGGAGUGAUAAUUGCCACGUAGAGUAUGAUAACCAUAGCAGUAGCUCGUUGCUCUGACCUAUUGGCAACCAUUCCGUGAAAGCUGAAGUUUUGGUGAGCGAUAAGACUCAAUAUCCCUGAUUUCACAUUUAGGAAGUAAAUUCGCAUGACGCGAAUAUAAAUUCUCGUAGCUUAUGAUUAAUUUUGCCCCCUCUGAUUUUAUUUUAUUUUGGUUCUGUACAUGUUUGUUAUGGGCACCAUGAGACCUAAAUGUUUUGUUGUCAAUGGAUUCGCAUGUAGAUAUACUGAUAAGCCGGUGAACAAGUUGUUUGAACUUGACUGCAAUUGCCUUUGUAUUUGUUGGAAAUGGAAGUCAAUAUCCUAUGUUUUAAGCAUUCUGCUUCUCCCUUUUACAAUAGGGGAAAAGUUGGGUAUGAAUGAGCAA